UUAUUUACUAGUGCCGGACACGAUGGGCUGCAGACAGCGCGGUCGAUGCACCGACUCGCCGCACACGAUCCGACGACGACGACAUGGUGUUCAAAGCCAGUCGUAAAACAGGUCGAAAACUUAAAACUAGAGUAUCACUAUUGCUAUUGGUCUGUUUAGCAAUGCCAGCGGCUGCAAAAGAAAACGAUUUAGACCUCACUACCGUUCCUAUUACCUCAUUAACCAUAAGACACUGUGGUAAUAUUCUAAUAGCUGCGAACGCAAAAAACAACGAAAUAUACAUGUCUACAAAAUUCCGUAAUCCUACCGAAGAAUCGAUAAACUUAAAUAGAAACAAUGACAUCAAAAUACUGAAAAGAGUGCGGACGCAGCUAAAAGUAGCUAGAAACCAUUUUCGAAAUAACCGAGAAGUAAUUGCUCGGCUGUAUUCGGAUGUAAAGACCGUGAUGCAAACAAAUUACCAUUACGAGUGGUUGCCCUCUCAAUCACUGGUUUGGUACAAGAAACACGUCAAAAAGCUUGACAAGGACACCAAGGUGUUUAUACUUUUGCCUGUGCUACGAGAUUCAUUGCACAAUUUUUCAGUAACGCUCGAACAAAUGCGACAGUUCAGCGAAACACAUUUUAUAUCCAAUUACACAAUAAGAAAACUAAUGUUAGACGAUCUAUCCAAACAUCUUAUCGCAGUGUUAUGCGAGGUAGAGGCGGCGAUGGUAAGCCUAAGCACGUGGCACAACAGGAAGAUACCAGACGGGCCGCGGGCCGUGAUCGUCGGCGGCCCGGGAUGGGACCCGAAUCCCGACCACACGACCAUGAUGAUCCAGGACUGGGGCGUGCUGACCAUCUACUAUAGGUUCCUAAAGGACUGGCUGCACAUCAGUCGGAAAAUGGUCCAAGACCAGACGGACCUGCACCAGCGGUGGUCAUCAUCGGCCGUCUCUGCGGCGGUCGUUGCCGACGACGACGAUGGCGACGACAACGACGACUCUUCUGCCGCCACCGUCGACAGACAGACACCUAUAACGCCGCUGCCGUGCAUCAGACACCGCAGAUGUGGUUCGUCCAAGCACAACAAGUGGCCCAAGACAUCCAGUUCGGUCACGUAGUUGCCGGUCCCCGAGGGAUGCGAACAUGAAUUAUUAAUUUAUUUAAACUUUUUUGAAGUCUGUACAUAAUAUAUCAUAUUAUAAAUAUACCUAUUAUAUAUUUA